AUGGCAUCUGACGAAGAACGUGCCAGGAUCAUGGCGGAAUACCUUGCCGAAACCAACAAUGGGGAUGAGGAGGAGGAAGAAGAAUUUCAAGAAGAAGAAGAAGAAGACGACGACGAGGAUGGUGAGUUUGUACAACAAGAAGGCGGCAGCAAAAAGAGCGUCAAUUGUCCAGUCUUGCAAGGACGAUUCAAAUUGAACGAGGAGCAUCAUUUGUUGUAUUUGGGGACUUGGUGCAUGAAACGUGAUUUGGGUAGCAAUUCGUCCGAUGCCAAGACGACCUUCAAGCUCAAAUCCAUUCAUCCCAUGCCCGAUUCCUUUUCCUUGGGCAAACCUAUUGCUGCUACUACUGUUACUGCUACUGCUGGCGAACAGAAUAACAAGAAGGAACUAAAAAUUGCCAUGAAUGGUUUUUUUCAUACCGAUCAUACGGAUCAGAUUCAACCACAUCGCAAGAUUAAAGAAAAGGGAGUCGAGUUGGUACUGCUACAACAACAAGAAGGUAGUAAGAAUGGCUCUUCCUCGACAACAACAAGCGGCAGCAGUUCAUCGUCAUCAUCAUCAUCCUAUCAAGUCACGGGAACGGGAACCAAUGAAUUCGGUGCCUUUUAUCUCAAGGGAACCUAUAAACCCAAUUCCAAAGAAAAGACCUAUUGGUUGCAAUGUGAAAAAUUCUAUGGGGUUCCUGGUGGUGGUGCUGACCAAGAAGAAGAAGAAGAAGAAGAGGACGAUGAAAUUGACUCGGAGGAUGACCAAAAGAAUGCUCACGAAUUGAAUGAAUUACAGGAAGAUGCGGAAUUGAGUGUGGAGGAAUUGCAACAAAAGUAUUAUAGUGGGAACAAUGGUACUACUCAUGCUACUGCUACUGGUGCAAGUGCUACUGCUCCAACACCACCAAAGGCCAAGGCAAAUAGUCGCAACAAGGCGGAUCGUCAAGAACGUCUCAAGAAACGAAACAAUGGAGGAAAGCAAGACGACCAUCAUACUACAAAGGGACAAGCAAAAGAAGAAGACGAUCAUGAUGAUGAUGAUGAUGAUGAUGAUGAUGGCGACUCCAAGCCACCAGCGAAAAAACUCAAGGUACAGGAGCAGAAAGACGACGAUAGUAAGAAUGUCAGGAGUAAAAGUAAGAAGAGUUCAGCCGCCAAGAAACCAGUGGUGGCAGAUGAUGAUGACGACGACGACGAUGAUGAUGACGAUGAUUGUGGUUUUUAA